UUGAACAUUUUAAUAAAUAUAUUUUUAUAAUCAUGGAGGGAGAACAGCAGCCACUGAUGGAGAGACUCAAAAUGGCUCUUCAAUUCACCAAAUGUUGUUAUUGCGUGAACCUAAAAACAGGGUCCGUUCUUAUCGCGUAUUUCCACUUGUUUUCCAAUUUGGUCACCAUUCAAAUAUUUUUACUGUCCUGGUUACUGGCUGAUUGGACCGCAAUAAUAUCGAAGAAGGAGGGAGAAUUUGAUACAUAUACGAAGACAGUUAUCAUAGUCGUGAUUGUGACCAGCAUCAUGUAUAUACCGAUUGCUGUAAUUUGCUUGCUUGGACUACAUCGGAAUAUAUCCCACUACGUGAGCCUAUACCUGCUCUAUACUCUGAUCUACAUUGUGGUGAUCAUCUUCCUGUUCAUAGGAGGAAUUCUCACAGGACACGCUGAUUUCGGUUUUCUGAUGUGGGAUAUAUUAAGUAUAGGUAUGUGUAUUUAUUUCUAUCUAGUAGUGAGAAGUUACUACUUGUCAGCUACUUCUGGUGCUGCUGCUGCAAAAUAGAAAAAUGAUCACUGCGCCUCAGGAUCUCAAUAUAUCGUGCCAACUUGAUAUACCUACCAGUAAAUAGAACGGAUUGGCAGAAACCAAAAAACCAAACGAAACCAAAA